GAACAGGAUGGAGAAGACGCCGAAGGAUCACAUUAGAGAUACCCUAGACGACCUGGACGAAAACGGACUAAAACGGUUCAAGGACAAGCUGGGCGACACGUCGUUCCAGGGGAGCAAAAUCGCCAAGGGGAAGCUUCAGCAUGCGGACAGCGUUGAGGUAGCUGAUUUGUUAAUCAGCACCUACACCGAAACGCACGCCGCUGAGAACACGAUCAAGGUUUUAAAUGCCAUUAACCAGGCACAACUGGCCGAACAGUUGAAAGAAAAGAUUAAAGCCGACGCUACAGUUGGACUCCCUAUGCUUUACCCUGCUUUCAUGAGUUUAUUUACAAUUGCAUCGCUGUGUGCGGACAACAUCGGUACAGUAAAGGAAAAGUACCAAUUGAGACCGAGACCUAAUUUACAAGAGGGUCCUAUGAAGGAUAUGAAUGGAGCAAAGAAGAUGUCCAGAGAACAACUCAAGAUGGCCAGGAAAAUUUUCAGCAAGAGAAAGAGAUUAGCAAACCAGAGAGCUAAGUAUACCUCUCACAAUACAUUUUUAGAGUGGUGUUUACUUAGAGAUGUUAUACCUCACAGAUUUCUGUUUAAGUCAGGUGCACACAUAAAUGUGAAUGAUCCAGAAAACAUUUUUUUACAAAACAUACUUGGAGAAUGUUCAAUAAAAUCAAUGCAGGUGGAGAAUAUUAAAUGGCUUAGAAGAAUUAGUGAAGUUGAAUUAGAAAUUAAAAAAACAAAUGAAUCAUAUUCUAAUUUAAUGUCGCUGAAAUUAACACAAAUGAUAAAAAAAAUAGACAAUUUUGAGAAGAAUACGCUAAAUCACUUAAAUGACAGGAAAUAUAAAGAGUUUCUUCAAUUACUUUCCACACAUAUGCCAUAUAAAAUACUCAAAAAUCAAAUACCUAAUGAUAAUUGUGUUGCAGAAAUGGAGAAUUCCCACCUUGAUAUGGCAGCGGAAGAUCAGUGGCACAAUGAUAACAAUGAAAAUAAAAUAUUAGAGAUAGAGAAAGAUGGUCAAAGCUUUUUUAGAUGUUUGAGUACAGUUUUGUACGGAACACAAAAUAAUCAUACGUUAUUAAGAUGUUACAUUACCAAACACAUGAGCAGAAACAAAAACAAAUCCAGAUUUUACAUUGAUGAAGAUUCUAGAAAACGCACUGAGAAAAUGAAAUCGAGCAGCAGUGGGAUAGAGGCAGAGAUUGUGGCUGCUGCAGAUUUAUUAAAUAGACCAAUACAUAUUCACAUGAACACUGUGGCCAAGGAAUGCAUUAAAUAUGAAGGAACAGAAACUUCACAUCCAUGUCACAAACAACCUAUUAAUCUUUUAUAUAGAAAUAAUCAUUUUGAGUUAAUCACACCGAAAUGUAAUUACAAUAGCUAUCCAGCAAAUGUAUCAACUGCAAAUAGUCAGAAUCAAGGUAAAAAACAAAUACCGGCACACGUAAGGAAGAAAAUGCCAGACAGGGAUUUAGGAAAAGCAUCAAAUAAUAUUAAUAAUGAUGGAGUACCUAAAAAUAAGGUCAUGAUUACUAAAGGUCAAGAAGUGGACACAGGAUUUAAUUCAUCUGAUAAAACAGAAACAGUCUCGCAGGAAGCAUUAAAACGAAAGGGGAACAAGUUUGUUCCAGCAAAAAGAUACAUAAAUAAGGACAAGUUAAUGACGGAUUUAAAUGAAUGGGAAAGACGAAGGAGGCAGGCAGAAUACUUUAAUGAGGAAACACUCACAGAAUCAGAACAAGUAAGUGAACAUGGAAUACAAAUUAAAAGAAACUGUCAUAUGACUCCUCCAGAUGGAAGAGAUACAUGGUUAGACAUGUAUAUAAAAGAAAUUAGAAAAGGAAUAGUAAGAUACCUAAAAAAGAAAGGAAAACUUAAUUUAACUAAACAUGAAGAAGAAGAGCUACAUGAAUCAAUAGGGGCUGACAGUAUCAGUAUCAGACCUGCAGAUAAGGGUUCAGGGAUUGUAAUAAUAAACACAGUUGACAAUAUGAAAGCAGUAGAGACUGAAAUGCAAAAUAUAAAUACAUGUGAAGAAGUGAGAACUAAUUACAUUAAUAACAUAAAAGAAUUGAGAAUUCUAGUAGAAAGAUUGCAUAGAAAUGGAUUCAUAUCAAAAGAAUUAAAAAAUGACAUGCUCCCUCAAAAUCCAAGAACAGGUUUGGUUAGAGGUAACCCAAAAAUGCACAAAGAUAAACCCCCGAUGCGAAUGAUUGUUAGCACAACCGAUAACCCAACAUACGUUAUUGCAGAAAUAGCUGAGAAGCAGCUGCAGCCACAUGUUGAAAGUUUACCUAGCUAUGUUAAAGAUACAACACAAUUUCUGAAAAGAAUGACUAGAAUAAAGACUAAACUUGCAGAGAAUGCUAUUUUAUUUUGCAUGGAUGUAAAAUCCCUGAACCCCAGUGUUCCCAGGCAUGAAGCUUUAGAGCCAUGUAAAGAGGCACUGGAUAACAGAAAAGAGAAGGCCAUAAUACCCACAGGAGAAAUAUUAAACAUGACCAAAGCAGAUUUAGAAAACUGUUGUUUUACUUUGUUUAACAAAAGUUCUAAGCAGAAUGAUGGCACAGUGACAGGCUCAAAAUUAGGCAUGCAUUUUGCAAGCACGUAUGUGGGUAAAUGGGAGGAAAUGUUAAUGAGUAAACUAGACAAGAAACCAUUCGAAUACAUAAGAUAUGUGGAUGACAUCUUUGGAAUAUGGACUCAUGGAGAAAAAUCUCUUUUCCAGUUUCAUAAAGUUGCAAAUAAUAUCCACCCUAACAUUUCAGUGGAUCUACGGUGGACAAAAUCUGAAAUUGAAUUCUUAGAUACCUUGGUUAAACUUGAUCAAGGAUCUAUUAAAACAUAUCUUUACUGGAAGCCUACUGACAUGCAUCAGCACCUACAUGCGUCAUCUGCACAUCCUAUCCAUACAUAAGACCCAUUCCUAAAAGACCAGGUCUAAGGAUAAAAAUAAUCUGCUCUGAUGAAAAUUAUUUAGUCAUUUACCAGAUGCUUUUAUCCAAAGCGACUUAGAGACUAGGGGGUGAACUAUGCAUCACAAGGACUUUGCAUUUCUUGAUGAAGUAACAACAAUUCCAGUGAAAUAAUUGAUUGAGAAAAUGUUUUUAAGUGCGGAAAAUCUAGAGUUCAAGCUUGAUACAGGAGCAGCAGUUACCGCAAUCCCAGCGGGAAAGUUUCAACAGGAUCGAGAUGACAAGCUGGUGCAACCCAGCAAAGUGCUAUAUGGGCCUGGAAACAACGUCUUGGACGUUCUAGGGUGCUUUAGCAGCACAUAAGUUAUUAAAGGGAACAACAGUCCAAGAGGUCUACGUGGUUUCCGGAUUAUCAAAAGCACUGUUUGGACUGCCUGCAGUAGAAGCACUACACCUUGUACACAGGCUUCAUGAAGUGAAGGAGCUCCUGUGAAUUUCCUAGCCAACUACACAUCAGUGUUCAGCGGACUGAGGAAACUUGAAGAGCCAUACAAAAUUGAGCUUGAGCAAGGAGCAACCCCUUAUGCUCUGUCAACAUCUCGCUGUUUUCAAAUCCCAUUGAGGAGCAAACUCAGAGAUUAACUUGACGAUGGAAAGUAUGGGGAUCAUUUCAAAACUGACGCAGCCCACUGAAUGGUGUGCUGGGAUGGUAGCGGUGCCUAAGGUCAAUGACAAAAAUACCUUGCACUUAUUUAUAGUCCUACCAGAAUUUGCGCGUUAGUUUCAACAAAUGGCAAAUAUAUAGAUACAAAAACACAGGAUCAACACAGCAGCUCUUGAGCCUCUAUUUAAAAGUUUUGUCAGCAAAAAGUAUACAAACCAGAUUAUGCGCACACAUGCAUAAUGAUCUCUAUGGGAAGCCAUCUCAAGUUUUAGUGCAAGACAGAAUCUCAAGCACAACAUUCUGAAAUGCCUCGUUUAAACAGUACCCAACUUCCUGAAAAUGUUGUGUAAUGAUUUUUAUCUAGACUGUAUAUAUUUUGUUGCGACUUUGUCAUGGGGAAUGUAAUAAACUAGAACCAAAAUGGUGAGUCAUUUUCCCCUUCAUUUUACAAUGCCAUUUCCAUGUUUUGUUUUAUUUGAAGUGUUUAAAGUUAAAUUCCAGUUUUCAUUUGGUUUUGUUCAGCUACAAAAUACACAAGUAAACCUAAUGGUAUUACUUUAUGAAAACAAAUCUAUGGCCACAGUUUACUGUGAAGAAACGGCAAUGGCAAGGAAUUAAACAAACAAACAAAUAAAUAAAUAAAUAAAUAAAUAAAUAAAAUGCGUCAGAUGUCACACCAGCCUUUAAAAAUGUGCAUUUGUAAAAAAAAAAAAGUCUCAAAAUAUGCGUUUUCAACCAUAAUAUCUGCAUUUUUACAUAUUACAUUAAAAUAGUUAUGUUAUUGUCCAGUGUAACUAUUUCAGAUUAACAAAGUUAACAUGCAAAACGGUACACAGUAUAAAUAAUGGCAGUAGAAAUAGACAUAAAGACAAGCUUACCGUGAAACGUAUUCUUUUGAAAAUCCCCCAUUCACAAUGUAAAAAUCAGUGUUGUAGAACAUGUACCAAUGUCUCUGCAGGUAGCUGUCAACAUCAGAACCAUUUACAGUUUUGCUGUCAAAGUUUUGACUGCUAUUUCCAAAUCAAAGUCUUGAUAAUUCUCAGGCGCUUCCACUGAAAUUGUCAUGUUCAAUCAUGCUUUCCCCUCACUGCAGCAAUUCCCCACACAGCUCAGGAGAACUAAAGUUUCAGUAGGUGGCCUCCAAUCCCACGACUGAGCCAGCUUACUCUUUUACACCCAGAAACUCAAGCGCAGAUGUCAGUCAGCUACUGGCCUCUGGAGGACAAAGGCCAGCCCUGCAGGUGUCUGCUUUUGAGCUCACUGGUCUCCUGGCCAGCAGAGUCCUCUGCAGCGCAGUGAGGAGAAAGCCCCUGCCAGUUUUGCCUACCUAACGCGCGGGAGUGUCAGAGCCAAUGCGAUGCUCCCUUCGGAGUCCCUAGCAAAGACCGGAGACUUCGCACAGCCAGGACGCGGACCUGUGCUGUAUGACUCACCCUGCACACCAUGCGGCUGUGCUUUUACCAGGUGAGAAGUUGUUGAGAAACUUAAGAAGGCACAAAAAUUUGCUCUUCAGCUUGACGAAUCAACGGAUACUGGAGGAGAUGCUCAGCUAAGUGCUUAUGUUCGAUACCCUGAAUCUGAUGACAUCAACAAGCACACAAUGUUAUACAAACAUAUAUGGGCUAACUCGACUGGAGAGGAACAUUUCAAGCUGAUUGACAAUUUCUUUUGUGAUCAUGAACUGAGCUGGAAGUUUUGCAAAUGUGUCUGCAGUGAUGGGGCAGCUGCAAUGACAGAGACAGUGAAUGGCCUAGUUGCAAGGAUCAAGAAAGACAGUCUUUCAGUGCAAUGGGUGCACUACAACAUUCACAGAGAGGUGUUUGCUUCUGCAUUCUUUGUGAGUAGCUGGGGGCUGAACAUCAGCAACUAUUGCUUCAUACAGAGGUCAAGAGGAAAAGUACUUCAAAGACUGGUCGAACUACACAUAGUUCAUAUGUUUCAGGGUACCAGAGUGGCUCACCGGAGUCACCUACAGUCAUACUGUAGGAUGAGUCAUACAGCACAGGUUCAUGUCCUGGCGGUUCGAAGUGGCCAAUCUUCACUGGGGAGUCCAAAGGGAGCAUCACAUUGGCUCUGGCAUGCCUGUGUGUUCGGGAGGCAAAACUGGCAGGGACUGUUUCUUCUCAUCGCAGUA